UUAUAAUCCCAGAUGUACAGGAAGACAGGACUUCAGUGAGGAACAUUUCCCUCACUCUGGACAGGAAAGUGGCUUCACCCCCAUGUGAGUUCUCUGAUGUCUGUAAAGAUUGGACUUAUCUGAAAAACAUUUUCCACACUCAGGACAAGAAUAUGGCUUUUCCCCCGACAGGAAUACGGCUUCUCUCCCUUGUGUGAGAUCUCUGAUGUCUGUAAAGGCUGGACUUCAAUGAAAAGCAAUUGCCACACUCAGGACAGGAAUACGGCUCUCUCACCUGUAUGAAAUUGCUGAUGUCUAUAAAGAUUGGACUUCUGUGAAAAACAUUCCCCACACUCAGGACAGGAAUACGGCUUAAAUCUUCCCCGUGUGAGAUCUCUGAUGUGUGUAAAGAUUACACUUCAUGAAAAACAUUGCCUGCACUCAGGACAGGAAUACGGCUUCGCCCCUGUGUGAGAUCUCUGAUGUGUGUAAAGAUUACACUUCACUGAAAAACAUUUCCCGCACUCAGGACAGGAAUACGGCUUCUCCCCUGUGUGAGAUCUCUGAUGCUUGCAAAGGUAUGACUUCACUGAAAAACUUUUCCCACACUCAGCACAGGAAUACGGCUUCUCCCCUGUGUGAGAUCUCUGAUGCUUGUAAAGAUAGGACAUCAGUGAAAAACAUUUCCCACACUCAGCACAGGAAUAUGGCUUCUCCCCCGUGUGGG